AUGUCAAUGCUCAAGGGAUUGCGAAACGUCUUCUCCUCGGGCCCUACAGGUAUACACGGGCACUCUGGUGCGCCAAACCCAGAAGUUGCUAUGCCAAACACGUUCACAUAUCUUCAACGAGUGGGCAGCCAGAUGCCGCCGCAACAGCGUCCACAGCCCGAGAGAACAAGUAGGUCGCGCGCUUCCAAAUCCGACCCAGCAGUCGCGCGGAGCUCGUCGAAGGGAACCGAGAGGGUCUCGAAGAAAUCGGACAGGCGCGGCCGACCGAAGAAGAUCAGCGAUGACCUCACGCAAAAGAUGAUCCUCCUGUUGGAGAACUCUAACGGGGAUAUGUCCUGGGAACAACUCGGGCAUUCUGUCGGCGUCGAUGGCGUCCAUAUGCAAACCAUACGGAACUAUAUGAUCAAAGAGGGGUACUGCAAACGAAUAGCGUGCCAGCAAAAGUGGUUAACGAAGCAGGCAAGGGAAACCCGGAUGCAAUAUGCUCUAGCACACCACAAAUGGCAGACCGAGUGGCGCUCCGUGUUGUUCAACGAUUUCGUCAAUUUCGGUCUCGGGACGACGCAGAAAGCCAAAGUGUUUAAUAGGAAGGACGAGCGGUUAUGUGACGACUGUCUCCAGUCCAGGGAAGAGAUCGAUAACGCCGUGUUUCAUUGCUGGGCUAUGGUGGGCUAUGACUACAAGGGGCCUCUCAUAUUUCUCCAAAGCGAAGAUAGCGACAUUUCUGCCAUGAGCCAGCACGACUAUCUAUCUCAGAUCAUACAACCGCAUGUACAGCCUAUUGCGACUGUCCGGCGAAUGAUAUAUCUUGAGAACGGCAGCGGGGGGUAUGAGAACGCGACAGCUAGUCAAAACCUAGUGCAUGCCCACCUCGACUCACUGCGAUUACCUUACAUCCACAACCCCGAAGCGUCUCCCGAUCUAAAUAUCUUGAAAGAUGUUCUACUCAUCUUGAAGAAGAGGUUACAAAAGAGGAGCAUCGGAGACCAGGUCCAACUCAAGAUUGCCGUAUUGGAAGAAUGGGAUAAAAUCACCACAAAGGAGAUCAACAAAUUGGUGGAUAGCAUGAAACAACGGAUGGAUAAGGUUCUGGCAAGAAAAGGAAUGCCUAUAUAA